AUGUUUGUGCUAUCCAAUGCCAUUUAUCUCAUGCGCGCAACAGUAUCUUCUGAAUUACAAUUGCUUUUGGAUCCACAAGACUAUGAUUACUUAAUGCCGAACGACGGUUACGUCGGCUUCCAUGUCACUAUCAAGACCUCGGGGUCUCUAGGGAACAAGCUCGUGUCCUCCUCAACUGGAGUCGAGGAGGACUCCCAUCUCUCACAGAAUACCAACUCACUGAUGAUUGGAUCAAAAUUUCAGACGCACAUUCGUUUACGACAUACUGCCAAUUCUUUAAAAGUCCUUUAA